AUGGUUGUCAUGAAGUUUGAAAAGCAAAGAAGAAGAUCAGGAUUUGAAGGAGCUAUUGCUGGUUUUUUCAAGGAUAUUAUGGAACUUACAGAGCUUUCUUUGGCUUCAAACCAAUGUGUUGCUGCUGACAAAAGCUGCAAUUUUAGUUCAUCAUCAGAUCAUCAGGCUGAUAAUUUCAACAUUCCUUCAAAGAAAAGGAAGUUUUUCCCUGAUCACUUGCUCAAUGCUGGAUCACCAUUUCAAACUAGUGUUGAUCUUCAAGUUAAAGACCCUCUACCUCUAGACUGGGAACAAUGCCUUGAUCUUGAAUCAGGUAGAAUGUACUACAUGAACAGGAAAACCUUGAAAAAGACCUGGAACUGGCCUACAGAUCAGAAGCUAGACCUUGAACUCAACAUCUCACCACAUUCCAAUGGCUCCGAGCAACACGGCGGUUCUAUGUCAGUUGAAGACAAACAACAUUCCUCAGGCACUAACAUGGUGGCUUUGGCAUGCUUGAAUUGCCAUCUCCUUGUCAUUCUCUCCAAAUCUUCCCCUGCUUGCCCCAACUGCAAGUAUGUCCACUCUCUUCCUACCAUACAAGCUCAACCACCAAAAGUUUCAACCGUCAAGUCUCCCGCUACCUUAAGCCUCUUGAACUAA